GCGUGGCUGCGGAGCCGCCAUGGCCGCCGUGCUCUGUUCGUCCCGCAUCGUGGCGGGCGGCGACGAGGGCAGCGACAGCGACGACGGCGAGUGGGACAUUGGCGUCGUGCGGCACGAGCCGCAGCAGUUGGAUCAAAUGUUGCAGGUGGACAAGAAUGAGGCAUUAAAGAAGGCUCUGUUUCGUGGUGAUGUGUCAUUAAUUGAAGAGCUCUUAAAUUCGGGUGAGGAAAGUAUCAGCAUAGAAACUAGCUUUCAGUUUGGAUGGACUCCCCUGAUGUGUGCAGCCAGUGUGGCUAACUUUGCAGUGGUACGUCUUCUUCUGGACAGAGGUGCUAAUGCAUGUUUUGAAAUAGAUAAAUACACUGUGUUGAUGGCAGCAUGUACUGCACAAGCUUCAGAAGAGAACAUCUUGAAUACUGUCGAACUGCUUCUGUCAAGGAAUGCUGACCCUAACCUUGCUUGCAGGAAACAAAUGACUGCACUGAUGUAUGCAGCUAGAAAAGGCUAUCCUCGGGUUGUUGCUUUUCUUGUUGCUCAUGGAUCACACAUAAAUGCCCAAGAUGAAAAUGGAUAUACAGCAUUAAUAUGGGCAGCACAACAUGGACAUAAAAGUGUAAUUUUGAAGUUGCUUGAGCUAGGAGCUGACAAAAAUCUACAGACCAAGGAUGAAAAAACAGCAGCAGAGCUAGCAAAAAUCAAUAAACAUUUAGAGAUAUUUAGUUUGCUCUCUUUGGCUGCAAAUCACGUGCAAGGGAGAUGCCAUAAAGCAGUUGAGCAAGAGGCUAUCUGCAAAUUUCUGACAGCCAUCUCUGACCACAGUGUUGGUUCCUGUUCAACUUUUCAUGACAUGGAAGUGUUUUUACAUGGCCUUGGUUUAGAACACAUUAGAGAAUUAUUGAAGGAGCAAGAUAUAGCUUUAAGACAACUUCUGACCAUGCAAAAAGAUGACUUAAUACAGAUUGGCAUUACAAAUCCUGAAGAUCAACAGAAACUCCUAGAUGCUAUUAAUGAUCUGCAAGUGGAAGAAAAAAAAUUUGAAGACAUCUCUGAAAUUAUGAAACUGGAAUUGAGUGAAGAUGAAUUACUCAAGUUUCUUCAGAAGUUGAAUAAAGAGUGUAGUAAGCUGAUCAUUCCUGUGCAGACCAUGAAUAACCAUUUCCUCAAAAAUUCUCACAAGAUGGUACUGCAAUGGGCACCGACUGAAUGUUAUAUUGAAGUCUGCAAAGACGUGAUUUGCAAUGUUAAAAAGUUGGGAGAAGAAGCUGGCAAACUGAAGGACCUUUUGGUGGAGUAUGAAGAGAAGACUAAACCUAACCAAGUGAAACUUCCAGGAAAAGCAGCCACCUUGGAAAAAAGAUUAGGAAAAAUGGGAGUGGUAAUGUUGCUUGGAAUUGGUUUUUUCUUAUUUGUAAUUAAAUCAGUAGCAAGAGAACUCGAAUUUAAGUUUAGUGCUGUUUCUCAUCAUACCUGCAAUAUUUGUGUCUAGUAUGUAUUUUGAUCUAAAAGUACAGUUAUUAAAAAUUAAAACUGUUACUUAAGAGUAUCUUAGGGUUUUGUUUUGAAAUUUGUUGUUGACAUAGAAUGUAGGUCUAAAAUCUUGUCAAAGCGGCUUUUUCUGUUUUUGACAUAAAACUGUGAUUAUUUCUUACUAAUUACUCGUUUCAGGUUUUACUUUUACCUGUUCAGAGCUGAACAUCAGCAAAUUCUGAUUAUAUAUCACAUGCUUGUAUUUAAAAUUAUAAUUCAGAUAUGUUUUGGGGUUGGGAAGGUAUAAAAUAUUUUAAGUAUCACUUUCAAUUUAUGUUGAUAAAAGUCUUUCUCAUCCAGAGAGAUACAUGUAUUGGUUUUUUAUUUUCAUAAUCAAGAGAACUUGGAGCUCUUGUUACAUAUUGUCUAAAAAGUCAUUUCCCACUGAACUGUGAUACUUAAAUCAUGCCUUAAAAAUCUGCUUCCUUAGGGAUACUCACCUCUAUUAAGUGUUUCAUCACAUCUAUUAAAGGAUUAUAGUAGUCCUUUGCUACAAAACUGCAGACAACUUAGAAGGCAUAGCAGACUGGUUUUUCUUGGUCUGGUUUUCACUACAAAUUUUUUCUUAGUAUUUUCUCCACUUAAAAAGGUGUUUGUAAUCCCACAGUGAAACAUUUGUAACUGGUUUUGAUCUGCUUACCAAACCAGUUAUGUUGGGAAAAAGGGAAGUUGGUUUAAAUGAAUUCAAACUAGUUAUGUUUCUGCAGGUUUCAGUAAACGUCUGUAAAAAUGCUGAAUAUUUUGGAAGAAAUGUUUUUCUUUCAAAACGAAACAGAAAAAGUCAAAAAAAAUAUAAACCUGAAUGAGUGUGUGAAAAUUUUGGUCUCUUGAGUUUUCAGAAAUAUUGCGUGGAGUCUUAACCUUUGGUAUUCCCUCUAGAGAGUAGUAAGGAGAAGAGUAAAAACCUGGGUGCAAUUCCAGUGACUGUUACUGCUGUUUUCUGCUUUUUUUAGAGAUUUGCAAUGGGUAUUAGUGCAUUUCCUUGCUGCAAUUAUUUUAUGUCCUUUUGUUCUUCAAUGCCAAGAACAUCCUACAGAGUGAUGAGGCCAGAGGCAAAAUCAACAUAAAUUGGGGAGUUCUUUCUGGGUUUUUCUGCUCCCAAACUGGUGUCAGAGGCAAUAAGCUGUAUUCACCACCACCGUCUACCAGAAGUGGAAGUGAACAUUCUGUCAGCAUGAACAAAGUAUAUAAAAGUAUAUACUUAAAAAAUAGUUCUGUUUCCUCAUAUUAGUUUAGAAUUAAUCCUAAACUAAUAGGGUGCAUAUUGUGAAAAGAAGAACCUUUUAAAUACAGACCACUCCUCUAAUCAGCUCAAAAUAUGGUUCAAAUGCACUUGCUCAGUGGUGUGUUGGCUCGCAGGCAGUACUAGAAUUUUGACACCUAAUGUCUUUAGGGAGUUUCUGUUGGGUGAAGGUGUUUGGGGUUUUUGGGGUUGGUAGUGGAGGGGGGAAUGCCAGGCAUGUUGUUCAGACUAUGUUUCCUGCAUGGACUUUUGCAUUAGUUAAGUGGAAUUAUUUCAACCAAUAGUAAGGUUUCUGCCCUUCAAAAGAUUCUGCUUCUUAGCCCUUACUCCACUUAAGUGACAAUUUGCAUCAACAAAGCCACUUCAAAGGACACUGAAUAUAGCUUUCAUUUCAAGAGAUGCAUUUCCUGCCACUAGUAGAUUCUAGCAGAAAAGAUCUGGUCAAAUGGAGGCCUUUUAAGCUUAACUUGGAGCUCUUGCAGUUGAACAGAAAAUCUGCUCCAGAAAAGUUUUAUUAAUAUUUAACUAAAUUUUUAUGCCUUUGGUGUAAAAUACUUAGGAGGGAAAAAGUAAUGCAUUAUGGUUGCUGGUAAUUUUUUUUCAAGUGUGAGAGUUAUAAUAAAGUGAUUUUUGCAGAAGUGAGUCAAAGGUCUGAACUUCAGGAAGUGACCUCCAAAGUACAUUUGGAAGAAGCUGGUCCUUUUGAAUUAUCUUCUGGGUCACCUGUUUCUGAUGCUUAUAGUCACAAUUGUAAACACACAUGUGAACAUUGGGUUAAACAUAGGCUGUGCCAGCAGCAUUCUUGGCAUCCUGCACUGUUCAAGCAUAGUGUUCAAAAUUCCAUAAACCACUCACAAGAAGCAAGGGUCUUGGAGUAACCACUUUAAGCUGUUUUCAUUAGUUGGUCAAUUGGAAACCACUUUGCAUGAGGAGGACAUUUUAAGAGCCAAAUGAACAAAGAUUAUCUUAACAUACCAUAUCAUAUAAAAAUUAUAAUAAAAUUGCAUUUACCUUCUUGGAUUCCAACUCUGGCUUAGACAAUGCAUUUCAAGACCUUUUAUUCACUUUCAUGCUGUUGCAGUGUCUCUUUCAAAUUCUCUGACAAGUUGUCACAAUAUGGUAGUGAUAGGGCAGGAAGCAAAGAAAAGAUUCCUUCAGCAUCUGGCCCUUGAGCUACACUGUCAGAAUUCUUACCCUCACCAGUACCUCCUAAGGGAGCCUUCAUAUGAAAACGUUCCUGCUGAGAGGCUUCCUUCUGCAAGUCAUCUAAUUGCAGUCAUUAUCCCCAGAACAGUAAGAAUACAAUGAUUUGCACAUCUAUGAGAGGAUUGGGAGAGAAUGCUAAAGAGCUUUGCAUAUAUUAAACAGGUACACUGUGCAGCCCUGCUGCUGUUGUUCUCUUCCUACAGUAGUGCAAAUUGAAAUGCUGAGGAUUGGGUGAAUUGGACCUCAGGCCAAAUCCUUCAGGAUACCUGGUUGCUUAAAGAUGCAGGGAGGUUCCUACUUGCACAGUCAUUGGAUACCUAACUUGUCUUCAGAGGGAUGACUAUUCAUACCAUGGCCUUUUCUGAAUCUUUAGGCUGUUAUGUAAAAGUAGGGCCUUGGGCAGUCCUGUGGAGAUCUGAAGGAACUGCAAGUUGUUGGUUUUUUAAAAUUUUCCUGUCUAUGAUAGGCUGUGGCUUCUGUGUCUUGUGUCUCUCUUCUGUGCUUUGGGAUUUGCCCUGCUCUUUAAAUUUGACUUGUGCAGUACCUGGCCUUUCAUAAGGCAUUACUCUUAAUUAUUCCUGCUAUGCAAUUACAAGUAAUAAAGAGCAGUUUGGGCUAUGUGUAUUCUUAAAUUGAGAAAAAGUGAGCUUUCUUCCCCACUGUAUUCUUCGCUGACCUUAGCAAGUGUUUGGUUUAUCUUCUUUUAUUUCAUCCAAGUGCCUUGUUGAGGAUAAGAUUUAAAAUGUGCAAUUUAUUCUUUCUUUUGUUGUCUUUUAAGCCUUACAGGUGUUUCCCAAAGCUAUCACUUCCUCGUGAGUUGGUGAUUGCAUUUGCCUUCUCUGUUCCACCAGUUCUGUAAAGGUACAGAUUGUCUUUCCCAAAUAAAACUCCUGUGUUACUGCAAAUGUAGUAAUACACACUGUAAAGUACUACAAAUGUUGCUUUGGAUAUUCAUGUACAGAGACUACAGUUCUGAUUACCUGUUGGUAGGUAGCAAGGCUACAAACCUUGAAGGUCUUAACAGGUAUCAGAACUACAGAUUUCUGCUUUUAAACGUGUGUGCUGUCAUUUCUUUGUUCUGAAAGCAGGGGAGAAGUGUGUAUUUGAAAAUGUAAAUUUCCCUAUUCCAGAAAUAGGAAUUUUCAGGUAAUGGGGCUGUACUGAGAUACAAGUGAGACAUGACAAUGGGGUACUACUGGCAUUAAAUGAAUUAUGUGAUCUCAGCAGUUUUAGUAGCUGAUAAAUUACUUCUAGUUUUUAUUCUGAUCCAAAUGGCAUAGUUUCAUAUAAUAUAGAGCCACAGUCCCUGGAAGUGGGACUUACACAGAUUACCUCUGCAGAAAGAUUUUCAGUUCUUUUAAGAAGUGGUACUGGCUGUAAAAUAUAUGGGAAAAUGUGUUCUGUGUAAGAGUUUAGUGGGGUUUUUCCUAAAGAAAAUUUGAGAUGAACCUUCCAUGCCUUCAGCUUUCCUGAAAAUGGUCUUUAUUUGAAUGUAGAAAUACAGGUUUAACUACAUUAUUUUCAUUGUUGUAUUGAAAAACCUCAGCUCAGUUUUAGAAGGUGUGCAGAAAAUGGGGCUUUCAGUGCUCUGGCUACUCCAGUGACACCUGUAUUGCACGUGGCAUGAUUUCUUAAUUGUAUGAAAAACUUUGCAAAUAGUACUUGUUGAAGACAACAGAUUUCUAGAUUCAAUCUGCAGCAAGGGAGGCCAGCAGCCUCUCCAGGCUGCAUCAGGAACCAGCACUCCCUCUCAGGAAAGACAGUCCUCUGUGAACUUCUUCAGCAUGAGUGAGUCCUUUCCACAGGCUGCAGUUCUUCACAAACUGCUCCAAUGUGGGUUCCUCCCCUCUUCCCCUUAUGGAAUGCAGUCCUUCAGGAAUAGACUGCUCCACUGUGGGUCAGUCCUGCCAUGACCCUGCUCUAGCAUGGGCUUCUCACAGAGUCACAGCCUCCAACCCAGCAUGGGGUUGUCCACAAACUGCAGGUGGACCUCUGCUCCACCAUGGACCUCUGUUGGCUGCAGGAGGACAGCCUAACCCACUGUGGUCUGCUUGUCUCCUCUGCCCUCGCAGCUGGAGCACCUUCUCCCCCUUGUUCUUUACUGGCCUGCUUGUCUCCACAGCUGUUCCUCUCACAUUGUCUAACACUCUUUGGCACAAUUGCUGCUCCAGAGGGUUUUUUUUGCAUUAGCAAACAGUGGUCCUGUAGGUACAACUGCCAUCACUGAUGGCCUUGACCUUAGCCAGUGGGAGGUUCGUCUUGGAGCUGGUUGACGUAGGUUCUGUGAGACACGUGGGAAGCUUCUCGCAGAAACUACCCCUAUGCCCCCUGCUACCUAAACCUGGCCAUGCAAAACCAGUGUGGUUCCCCAGGUUCCUUUCCAAACAUGCCUGUUUUGUCAUUUCUCUAUAAUGAGUGUGGUUGUUAGAAAUAAUGGCUCCAAGGUGAACUUCUGUAGGGCUGGCACAAAGUGGAGGGGUUGGAGAAUUUGAAUAGCAAUAAAUGACUUAUGGAGAAGAAAAGGAUAAUAUUGGUAAGCCACUCAUGCAGUAGCCACAAGUUAAGGAGCACCUGUUUAAUGCAGAAGGGUAUGAGAAAUUCUAAGAAGUCAGCAUUUUACAGCAGGCCUGAGAAAGCUCGUAGCAGGGAGGAUUGUAGCCUGUCUUUGUAUGGGUCUAAAAUACUGCUGGAAUUUUCUGGCUUCUCACAGUUGUUUCUCUGCCCUGGUAAUUGAUCCAAAACGUAUUGUAAAUGUAAGAAAUAAGUGGCCAGAAGCUAAAACGUGGAGGUUUUUUACAGUGAUUACAUUUUAUCAAGUAGAUGCUGAGUGCUCAUCUGUUGCUUUUAAGACCUGCUAGAGUUAGUAAGAGGAACUGUAGUUGCCUCUGGGCAAGUAGUACUGUUGUAUAAGCAUUCAUGUGUCCCAAACUUCAAUUAUUCUUACUUGGAGUCUUUGCAGUCAAAAGAUUUUGACAUUGCAGUUGUGGGUGGGUAUUUGGUGUUGAUAUCUGAGGGUUGUUUGAGAUAUUUCUUUCAAGUGAAAUUGGUAAGUAGAUGAAUGUUAUUGUCUCAAAACCUCACAUAAUUCUGUGUUUUGCAUUUUCUUUCUGAACAGUGCUUACAUCUGCUAUUGUCUGUGGUCUUGCGAAGUUUGUACCGAGAAAGAGGAGAAUGGCUGUAAUAAGCAGUCUGAAGAACAGCUCUUAAAGGGUGCCUCCUAGCUUGCUCUUACAGGAUUUUCACCUGAGUUAACAACUGCAGGCUUCUUUAAGUUGUGUAGUCCCUAAUUCACUUAGCAACCUUGGGCAUUUGUCUUUUUUUCAGCCACGGCUGCUGUCUUAGAAGUGGGACAUCUCCAGCUUGAUAAUGAGGGUUCGUUGUUUGGAGUACGUGUUACCCUGUAUUUGCUUUGCAGAGAUGACACGAAGUGAAAAAGUUGCUAAAUCCCUUGUUCUGAGUUGCUUCCGGCCCCGGCCGCAUCGCCCCUGUCUCGGGCCGGGGAGCGGUGCGGCG